AUGGAUUUAUUUUAUCAAGCUCUUAGUUAUUACAACAGAAAUAAAUUAGAAGAAUGUAUUAAAAAUUGUACGGAUUUGUUAAAAAAAAAUGCUUAUGAUCAAGCAGCUUGGAUAUUGAAAAUGAAAGCUUAUACAAAAUCCGUUUACAUUGAUGACAUUGAAAAUGAAGAAGAAACGCUUGCAGAUGAAUUCUUAGAUGAUAACGUGAUUGCAGAAGCAGCAAGAAUAGGGACAUCCCUGAGAAAUAUCAAACCUGAAAGUACCAGUAGGCCAAAAACCGAAGUCGGUCACCUUGUAACCGGAGUUGUUCGAACGAAUUUACGUUCAGCGCAUAGUAGAACAAUGGAACAAGGUUUAAAAUCGGCUAGAAGAAGUAGAUCAUCAAGACCAAUAACAAGUCAAAGUGGAAGAUACAUUAGGAUGGGUACGAGUUCAAUGUUAUCCGAAGAAGAAGGUCCUUUCAUUGAAAUAAACAAAAUUAAUUUAGUUAAAUAUGGAACCGAAAUAAGUGGAAAAUAUUUAUUUGAAUAUCUUUACUAUCAUGAAAAUGAUAUUCAAAACGCCAUGCAACUUGCACUUGAAUCAGCAAAAGCAACAGAAUUUAAAGAUUGGUGGUGGAUUUCGCAAAUGGGAAAAUGUUAUUAUAAAUUAGGUCUUUACAGAGAAGCAGAACAACAUUUUAGAUCGGCAUUAAAACAACAUGUCAACGUAGAUAUUUUUCUCAGAUUAAUUUUAAUUUAUAAAAAACUGGAUCAACCAUUGAACGCACUAGACGUUUGUCAACGUGCAUCAAAAAUUUUUCCAGACGAAACAUCGUAUACAAUCGAAGCAGCAAGAUUGUACGAGGCUUUAAAUAAAAUUCCAGCAUCCAUAAAUUGUUAUAGAAAUGUCAUUUUAAAAGAUGCAUCAAAUAUCGAAGCCAUCGCAUGCGUCGGUCUUCAUUAUUUUUAUGGAGAUCAACCGGAAAUAGCUCUUCGUUUUUACAAGAGAUUGCUUCAAAUGGGUCUCAUCAAUGCCGAAAUAAUGAAUAAUAUGGGUCUUUGCUGUUUUUAUUCCCAACAAUUUGAAAUUGCUCUGCCAUGUUUCAAAAGAGCUUUGGCUCUUUCAAAUAAUGAAAAUGCUCCUAAUAUCUGGUACAAUUUAUCGCACAUAGCUAUAGGAAUAGGCGAUAUAAAUUUAGCACGAAAUUGUUUACGUUUAUGCUUGUCGAUUGAUGGAAAUCACGCUCCGGCAUUAAAUAAUUUAGGAGUUUUAGAAAUAAAAAAAAAUAAUUUGUCAUAUGCAAAUGCAUUUUUAACGUCUUCGAUAAGACAAGCACCAUUUUUAUUCGAACCACAUUUUAAUCAUUCAAAACUUGCUCAUCAGUGUGGAGAUUUACAAACGAGUUACAUAAGUGCACAAAAAGCAUUGGAAUUAUCACCAUCGAAUUUACAUUCGUCCGAUUUGCUCAACACUCUGAAAAAACAUUUUAUGCAAAUUUAA